AUGUAUUCUAUGCUUACAGCAGUAUUGCUGUUCUUUCAGAUAAUCGACUGUAGACAUAUUUGGAAUGGCAGCCCAUUAGAGGAAAAGGUCAUUAUAACAGUGAAAACCGAAAAAGUAGAAGAAGAUGGGUCAGUUACUAGAAAUAGUAAACAGCAAAAUGCAUAUUGCAGCAAAAGCACAUACUAUGUGGACCUUAAAAACCCAAUUAAAAAGGCGCUAUUCCUUUGGGACGAGCCAAUUGAGGUGUUUCUUACAGAUGCCCUCCUCAAAGUACCGCAUGUGCAGGAGCUUUCAUCUUUUAAUGUCGGCGCGCAGACGGAUGGCUUUUCUUACCCACUAAACUAUUUGAGUGUGCAAUAUGCAAGAAAUGUACUGUUCAAUGAAGCGCCUGUAACAAAAAAAGCGCUGCUUUCCUUAGAAAAGAAUUACAUCAUAAUGGCGGAUUACGAUGAAAGUAUCAAAAGGACUAUACUUUUUCUGAAAAAAAUUGACUACAAAGGGUUUGUUGGUGUAGUAUACACAGAAGAGGAACAGCUGGAGGAGCUGAUAGAGUUCAGCUACUAUCUAGUGGGCGGGCCUGUUGUGCUUGGAAUAUUUAACAAUGUGGACCUGGACUGCUACAAGGCAUUGCUUGCAGAUGAAAAGGAUAGCAGGACAAUAAAGCAGCAUGUACCAAACAUAUACAUAGAAAUAAGCCCAGGCAUGCACUAUCAUGAGCCCUUGGCGCCAGUAACCAUUCUUAUUCUUAUAUGCUUUUUGACUAUUAUAAUUGGGAUUAUGUACCUGUUUAUCAGCAGGCACACAGUGGAGGAUACAGCGCCUAAAACAGUUGCAAUGCCGGACCUACAUCUAAUUCCCUCCAUGCCAUAUAAUAGCAUACCAAGCGCGGACUCCAUACUGGGGAAGGAGUGCAUCAUAUGCUUUGAAGAAUUCACGCCAGAGACCUUCUGCAGAAUUCUUCCAUGCAGGCACAUAUAUCACAUGGAGUGCGUGGAUGCCUGGCUGCGGAGCUACUCCAACAGAUGCCCAUACUGCCAGAGUGUAGUCAAGUAG